UCUGUAUAGCAUGUAUAGCUUUGUAAGAAUUGCUUCUCAUCGCUACGGAGAUAUUGUUUCUGCAGCUGUGACCCCCAACUAUCACCAACAUGCAUCUGCUACCGAGAGAACAGGACAAGCUCCUGCUCGCCAACCUUGGUUUCCUAGCUCAGAAACGGCUCGCCAGGGGUCUCAAGCUGAACAGAUCAGAGGCCGUCGCUCUGAUAGCUUUCCAAUUACAAGAAUACGUACGAGAUGGCAAGCUCAAUGUGGCCGACUUGAUGCAGCUCGGCAAAGAGUUUCUGGGCAGACGGCAUGUGAUGGAAGGGGUCGAGGAGUCGAUACACGACAUUCAGAUCGAAGGGACCUUUCAGGACAGGACGUUCUUGGUGACCGUACACGAUCCUAUAUGCUCGGACGAUGGGAAUCUCGAGAACGCCUUGUACGGCUCCUUCCUCCCCAUCCCUUCUGCCGACCUCUUCCCGCCCAUCACGAAUCGCCCCAAGGCUUACGAACUUCCCGGAGCGGUCGUCUGCAAGAGGGAACCCAUCAAGUUGAAUGAAGGACGUAAAAAGUGGAAACUCAAGGUCGCCAACGAGGGGGACCGACCGAUUCAAAUCGGAUCCCAUUACCCAUUCCUGGAGACGAAUGGCUCUCUGCGUUUCGACCGAAUCCUCGCCUUCCAGCAAGUUCUUCGUCUUGAUAUUCCCGCAGGCACGGCUGUCCGUUUCGAGCCAGGCGAGAGCAAGUCGGUUGUCAUGACGCAAUUCGGUGGGAAACAGCUCGUACAGGGUGGAAGUGGGAUCGCUACUGCUGUCAGGGAUGCAGGACUGGACGCUAAGUCUUUGGAAGGCGUAGAGUUGGUCAGAAGUUUGCUGGACAAGGGAGGCUUCGCUAUUGGAAACGAAGGUCAGGCAGAGGAGAUCUUUGUCUCCAAGGAGAUGGAGCGGGAAGUCUACGCAUCGAUGUUCGGUCCCACUACUGGAGACCGAGUGAGGCUUGGAGACACCGACCUGUGGAUCGAGGUGGAAAAGGAUUACACCGUCUACGGAGACGAGUGCAAGUUCGGGGGAGGCAAAACCCUGCGAGACGGACAAGGUCAAGCGUCCGACCGCUCCGAUGCCGAAGUGCUCGACCUGGUCAUUACCAACGCCCUCGUCAUCGACUGGUCGGGCAUCUUCAAGGCAGACAUCGGGGUCAAGAACAGCAAGAUCGUCGGGAUCGGAAAGGCAGGAAACCCCGAUACGAUGGACAAUGUGACCGAGGGAAUGAUCGUUGGCUCGAAUACCGAGGUCAUUGCCGGAGAGAAGCUCAUCGUCACGGCAGGGGCGAUCGAUGCGCACGUCCACUACAUCUGCACUGAUCUCUGGAAAGAGGCCAUGGCGUCGGGUAUCACGACCUUGAUUGGAGGCGGGACUGGACCUGCUGCUGGAUCCAACGCGACGACCUGUACCUCGUCCAAAUUCUACAUCGAGACGAUGAUGGCCGCGACGGACGGGAUCCCUCUCAACUUUGCGUUCACCGGUAAAGGAAACGAUUCGGGCGCCAGCCGUCAAGCUCUCAAGGACGUAGUUGAAGCCGGAGCGGCCGGUCUCAAGCUGCAUGAAGACUGGGGUAGCACGCCAGAGUGUAUCGAUCGAGCGUUGUCUAUCGGGGAUGAGUACGACGUUCAGGUCAAUAUCCAUACCGACACGCUCAACGAAUCCGGUUUCGUCGAGACGACGAUCGACGCGUUCAAGGGCAGAACGAUCCACACGUACCAUACGGAAGGAGCGGGAGGUGGACACGCCCCGGACAUUAUUGUCGUAUGCGAACACCCAAACGUCCUGCCGAGUUCCACGAACCCAACCCGACCUUAUGCUCACAACACCCUGGACGAGCAUCUCGACAUGCUGAUGGUCUGUCACCAUCUCGACAAGUCGAUCCCCGAAGACAUCGCCUUUGCCGACUCUCGUAUCCGAGCCGAGACCGUCGCCGCCGAAGACGUCCUCCACGACACGGGCGCCAUCUCGAUGAUGAGCAGCGAUUCUCAAGCAAUGGGGCGGAUCGGCGAAGUCGUCACCCGGACCUGGCGGACGGCUGACAAGAUGAAGGGCGUCAGGGGUUCUCUGGAGGGGGACGGGGAGAUGUGCGAUAACAAUCGGGUCAAGCGGUACAUCUCCAAGUAUACCAUCAAUCCAGCGAUCUGCCAUGGAAUGUCGCAUCUGAUCGGUCAGGUCGCCGUGGGAUGUCUGGCCGAUCUGGUCAUCUGGAAACCUGAAAACUUUGGUGCAAAACCCGAGAUGAUCGUCAAGGGGGGUGUCAUCGCAUGGGCGCAGAUGGGAGAAGCUAACGGGUCGAUCCCGACGGUCCAACCGGCUUAUGGUCGACCGAUGUGGGCGGCUCAACCGUCCUCAGUCGGUAAACAUUCUAUCAUCUGGGCUUCAAAGGCGUCAAUCGAGAACGGAACGAUCGCGUCGUACGGUCUGAAGAAGAUGGCCGAGCCGGUGAUCAAUUGUAGAGAUAUCAGUAAGAGGAGUAUGAAGCAUAACAACAGUCUGCCCAAGAUGACCGUCGACCCGGAGACGUACGAAGUCAAGGCGGAUGGCGUAUUGUGUGACGCACCGCCAGCCACAUCGGUAACACUAGGGAAGAAACAUUUCGUGUUCUAGCUUCUGUGUCUGCAUGAACGUUGUACAAGGAGAAAUAACAAGGAAUUGGACCUGCUGCUGAACUAGGCUG